AUGGCUGCUCAAUUGGCUUCAUUUGUGGGCAGAAGCAUCUUGAAGGAGAAUGUCAAGAACAAGUUUGGCCAGGAGGAUCCCUACUUCGAGCAUGUGCCUGCCUCCCGACUGGGUCGUGCAUUUGGCAAGAAAACCCAAAAGCGUCGCAAAGCCAUUCCACCGGGCCUGUCUCAAAACGAUGCCAAAAUCCUCAAUCGCGUGAAACGACGGGCGUACCAGCUCGAUUAUUCCCUUUUUAGCCUAUGCGGUCUCCGAUUUGGCUGGGGGAGCGUUAUUGGAUUGAUACCCUUUGCUGGUGACGGUGUGGAUGCCGCGUUGGCCAUGAUGGUGGCCAGGGAUUGCCAAAAAAUCGAUGGCGGACUCCCUCCGCAGCUCUAUUCUCGGAUGUUGAUCAACAUCGUCUUCGACUUCGUCAUUGGCCUUGUUCCGUUUAUUGGUGACCUUGCCGACGCAGUUUACAAGUGCAACACUCGCAAUGCCAUUCUCUUAGAAAAGUAUCUCCGAGAGAAGGAGGCUAAAGCAGAUAAGAAACGCGCCAAGAGAGCGAAUGAUCCACAGAGAAACCAGCGUCCCGUCGACUUGAGUAUCCCCGAGGAGUUUGACAGAUAUCAGGAUGACAUGAUACCGGACCCUCCGGGUUAUACGCAAGAUCCUGUCUCAGAGUCGAUUCCAAUAGAGCACGGUAACAAUUCUCACGGCCCUGUCAGACCCGAUCCCGCGCAUAGAUCCAAAUCUCCUCGACGAAACAAAAGUCGUUCGGGCGGACGGAGGCAAAAGCAAGGAGACCUUGAAGCCGGCGUCAGUGGUGGCCGUUAA